CCCAACACAUUCCCUUCCCCCCGGCCUCUUGCUAGGGCUUUUGCCUCCUCCCCUCGAAGCCCUACCCAGCCAGGCGCGAUCGAUCGAUCGAUCGCGAAUUCCCCAACCGCGGGCUCGGGGAUCGACCGACCGACCGGCGGCGGCCGCCGCGAUGCUGGGCCCUCCGCGCCGCGGACCGGCGUACAAGACGAAGCUGUGCGCGCUGUUUCAGCGCGGCGACUGCUCCCGCGACACCUGCAGCUUUGCGCACGGCCACGCCGAGCUCCGCCGGUUCCCCGCCUCCCGCACCUCCUUCCCGCCCCGUGCCGGGAGAAGAGAUUAUAGAGGUGGCGACUUCAGAGACAGGUUUGAUAGGAGGCGCUCGCCUCGUAGGAGGCUUUCCCCUGAGAGAGAUUCCAGGGGUCAUCGUUCCCUUCAGGACCGAAGACCAACUUCUCAAGAAAGGGAAUCUAGCUAUUCACGGUCUCCCAGCAGGAAGAGUGAAAGGAGGCAUGAGAAGAAGCCUGAUGAUGGAGAAACCAACUCAUCUAGGAGUUUGAGUGUCUCCGACAAUAAUGAUGAUAGAAAAAAGGAGAAAUUCUCAAGUGGCGAUGAUAAGGAGGAUCAUGAAAAACAGCUGAAACAAAUAAGACAGGAUAUGGAGCUUUUGCGUGAUGAUAAAUCUCACUUGGAGAUCAUUUUGGAUGAGAAGAAUGCUGAAGUGCGCAAGAUUUCUAGCAGAGUAAAUGAUCUUGAUCUGCAACUGAGGAGGGAGAAAGAGGAAUGCCACAGGAUGACCUCAAAAAUGAAGAAGUUCAUUAAAGCUCAUGGUCGCUUUUUAAAAGCACAGGAAGAAUUGAAAAGGUCACAAGCUCGUUUUGAGAGACUCGGUGAUUUGCUUGCUUCAGAUAUUCUGAAGCGUGGUGCUAAUGAAGAAGGCUCCAGUAUAAAUGUUGAUGAAGAUCCAAAUGGUCCUUAUGAAAGGAGCCCAAAUGCUGCUGCAGCUAAGAAGAGAUCAAUCCCGUACUCAACAAGUGAAGAAGCAAAAGCGGUGAAGAAAAGAAGAGAGCGAGACUCUGACACAACUAGGCCAGAGAAAUAUAGGCCAGAAGGUACUGUUGCAGAAUUUGAUAAACCAAGCAAGGGAACUGAGCCAACAAAAUCUUUAUAUUUGAAGAAGAAAUUGUGGGAAGACGAAAAGGAUAAGCUAGGAAAUGUUGUUUCCUCGGCUAACACAGACAAGGUCAAAGAUUCUCCAGUCAAACAUGUUUUGCCCUCCACUGGUAUGGCUGCUCAUGCUGUGGAUGAUCCCAUUGAAGCUGUUGAACUCGAUGAUAGACAUGAACCAAUAGAUGCAUCACUAGAAAAUGAUGCUGACGAUGAAACUAGGUCGCCUGUUAUGCCCCUGCAUCCACCACCAGUCGUUAAUGCUUACGAGCAGUACGAGGGAGAUGAUGAGGAAGUUGACGUGGAAUAAGUGGAAUGCCGUAGAUAGAGGCCUCCGGUGAUAUUGCCUGUGUACAAAAGUGUGCUGUCUAUUUGAUACUGGGAAUUUACCUCAUGAGAAACCAUCUUUGUUGUGGCAUCCUUGGUGACGCAAAGUUGUCAGCUUUGUGGACCUACUUAUUUCGUCAAUGUGACAUCCUAAAUACCCUGUGAUCUGU